UAUAAUGGGAUUAUCAAUAUCAAACCCUUUUAUUUUAAAAACAUAAAGAAAUCAAAGUUGAUAUAUGCACAAAAGUAUAGGGCCGGUGAGGUGUGUUGUCAAAUUGCAAUCAGUUUGUGGAUAUAUAUUUGUUCCAAUCAGCUGCUAAACCUUUAACUAAGGUUUAGCAGCAGCCGGUAUAGCCACCCUGUAUUUUUUUGGUGAUUCUUGUGCUGCUCAUCUAUAUUAUCUUCUUUCUUUUAGUUCCAAGAUCCCUCUCUCAUUGGCUUCUAGGGUCUUCUUCCACUCAUCUCAAGACAACCCCCUAGCUAGAGAACCACUUUGCCCACCUCUCUUUCUGUUAUCAACAUGAAGUUCUUCGGUUGGAUGCAAAGCAAGUUCAAUGAGCACAAGAACUCGGGAACUGCCACGUCAGCUAGUCAUCACAUGAAGCAAGAAGAAUCUAACGAUUUUCCUCGCGGGUUCCUGGCAAUAGGAACUUUUGGAAACAAUGAUUUACCAACAGAAAAUGAAGAUGAUCAUACUACAGCAGCAUCAUCAUCUCCAGAUCUAUCUGAAUUCACACCUGAAGAAAUUGGAAAACUACAAAAAGAGUUGACAAAACUACUAUCCAAGAAACCUAACAAACUAGCUGGAGAAACAACUACUGAUCUCCCGUUGGAUAGAUUUCUUAACUGCCCAUCAAGCUUAGAAGUUGAUCGUAGACUUUCAACCACAGUCAUCACCAAUCCAGAUGAUAAAGAAGAAAUUGAUCGCACAAUUAGAGUGAUUCUUGGCAGAUGCAAAGAUAUUUGCAUGGAAAACAGUAAGAAAGCAAUCCGGAAAAAGUCCAUUUCUUUUCUCUUGAAGAAGAUGUUUGUGUGCAGCAGCGGCCUCCCACCAAUGCCUGCCUUGCAUGAUCGUCUUCCAGAAUCAAGAAUGGAGAGGUUAUUAAGGGCAAUGCUAAAGAAUAAGACGAACCCUCAGAAUUCUUCUCGAGCAUCAUCUGCAAAGAAACUAAUCGGUAACCGCCAAUCAGCCAAGAAGGGGAAAGGUAAAGCAACAGAAAAAGAUGAUGAAGAUGCAUAUGAUGGAUCUAAAUGGGUCAAAACAGAUUCUGAAUAUAUUGUCUUAGAGAUAUGAGCAUGAAUGUCUGGAGAUUGAUCGAAACGAAUCACAUAUUCACAUAUAUGAUAUUAUUAAACUAUUUGAAUACUGGCCUGCAACAACACUGAGCCGGACUUGCUUAAGAUCGAGGAGGAGAGAGUGACGAUUGGACCAUUGCCUUGGUGCAAAUGAAUCAAUAAUUAUGUUUAAAUUCAGGACAUAUAGCUUCAAGCCUUGUUUUCUUUUAUUGUCCACUUUUUGUGGUUGGAUGCAUGUUUAUGGAUUCAAAAUACUUUAUUGUACGUAUUAUAUUCUGCAUGUCUUU